AUGACCAGUGUACCCCCUAUACCUCCUCUCAAAUCUUCACAAAGAUUAUCUCUGCCAGCAAAUCUGAGCAAGGCACCUUCUGUUCGGAUCGUCGACAACCCCGAUGGGUCGCUAAGCUUCUCUGAGCCGUCUCCGCGAAGGCUAGGGAGAUCACAGAACUCGGAUGAUGAUCCACGACGAAUAGCACAGAAUGCUGUUCGACAAGCAGCGGGAGGAAGUGGUGAUCGGCCAAUUCUAGAUCGUGGACGACCAAAAAUUGGACCACCAGAGACUCCGCAAAGACAAGACUCUGCACGCUCUCCACCAGGCACAAGGACACCAUUCGAACUCGAUUUAGAUGAUGGAUUCUCGUACAUUGAAGACGAUGCCGAUAUUGUGGCUGCAUCUCAGGCUCGUUUCCACUCCCCCACGAAGGUGAACACCGUCUCAACCCAGGCGACCACAAGAACACAGGCGAGGCCGCAAAUCAAUCAGCAGCUUCCGCCACCCAGACGAAAUGGUUCGUUUGGCAACGGGAAACCUCGAGGCCUCUCUUUUCAAGACGCCCGCCAAUUCAUGCGCUCGGGAAGGAUCGUUCGGCCAGGCUCUUGGUACGAAGGCCCAAGUCCCAUAACAGCUCGUGCGGCAGAGAUCGUGUCGGCGGCCCCGACAACAACCAUCUCAAGAAGCAGAUCCCUUUCACCUCAAGUUCCAAGGGCGCGAAGCCGUUCGCCCGUCGAAAGAAUGUGUAGGGACGAAGAAGAAGGCUUCCCCAGCGUAAAGUUUGAACUUUCGUCGUGUUCGGAUCAAGGAGAGGGUUCCCGCGACUCGACGUUGCCCCCCAAACGGGCAAGCAGUAAAUCUCCUCGGAAAAGACCUCUACUGUUACUAGCUAGAAGUCACUUGGUUGCGGCGAUAGGUGAAUUCAUGGGCACCAUGUGCUUCCUUUUCACGGCAUUUGGAGGCGUCUCCGUCGCCGCGGUCGGCUCUCGUAAUUCUUCCAGAGCAACCGAGAAUUCAGACUCCGGUGAUGCCAAUCUAUCUGGGCUGCUGUACAUGAGCUUUGCCUUUGGCAUUUCAUACUUGAUAAACGUCUGGGUCUUCUUUCGAGCAAGCGAGGGACUAUUCAACCCAGCAGUCACCUUGGCAUUUCUGCUUACGAGAACAAAUGAUCUGGCACGGUCCAUUGUUUUACUCGUGUCACAAUUGAUGGGCGCCAUCGCGGCUUCAGCGCUUGCGCUUGCUCUUUUCCAAACAAUAGCCCCCCUUCGGACCACCCCAAGUGAUGAUGUUUCAAUUCCCCGCGCCUUAUUCAUCGAGGCGGCGAUGACAGCGCAGCUCGUGCUCACAAUCCUAAUGCUAGCUAGGGAGAAGCACAGAACCACCUCUGUCGCUCCGCUGGGGAUUGGUCUUGCGCUCGUUUUUGGGGAGCUUGUUGGGAUUUUCUGGACCGGAGGUUCACUCAACCCUGCAAGGAGCUUCGGUCCAAAUGUCGUGAGUUGGAAUUGGAAGUCGAACCAUUGGAUCUACUGGAUCGGUCCAUUUGUCGGCUCACUCAUCGCCGUCACCAUACAUAGAAUUUUGAUAAGGCUGGCUCACGUGCUCGGAGCUCGCAAUCAUAGAAAUGACGUGCAUCUUGCCCAACGGCAUCAGAUGACUAGCGUCAGCGAGAAAGAGAACGAAAACGUGGCCAACGCGUCCGACAAUGCCAUGACGAGCAAGGCUCUGCAGUCUUUUCGCUAUACUGACAGUGACCUUACUGGGAUCAUCAAUUUAUGGCACAGAUCCAGUAUUCAAGGAGAGAGGGGUUUAAUUGUCGAGUCCGCAGACAGACGGGCGAAACUAUGAUCAAGUAGACGCAACUGCGA